AUUAAAUGAAUUAUUCUGCACUGGCUAAGGAAGUUUUUGAAUUACAGAAUAAAGUGCGAUAAGACCCAUCUCUAAUGAUUCCAGUUCUAGAAAAUAGGCUCAAAUACUUUAAAGAUAAGAUCCUACACUUACCAGGAACUUAGGCUACCAAUACAAAGGAAGGUGCAAGUUCUGUUCAAGGUAGAUCAAGUAUCUUAACUUAGAAUGCAUCGAUUUCCUUAAAAAACAGAAACCAGUUGGACCCUUGACUUAUGAAAAAGGACUGGAAGAAGCAGCAAGAGAUCAUGCAGAGGAUCUAGGUAAUACAGAAUAUGAUUCUAGGAACUAAUGGUCUGACUGGACAUGAGGGAAGUGAUCAUUCAACUACAAAACAAAGAAUAGAAAGACAUGGUUCAUGGAAACCAGGCACAAUUGGUGAGAAUAUAAGUUUUGGAAAAUCCACAGCUGAAGAUAGUAAAUUUAUAAGUUUAAGAUUUUUAGUUGUCAUAUAAUUGAUUGUGGAUGAUGGUGUUCCAAGCAGAGGACACAGAUCUAAUUUCUUUGAGCCUGCCUAUAAAUAAGUGGGUAUUUUUGGAGCUCCUCAUAAGGCCUUCAAGUUUGUGUUUGUCUUUGAUUUUGCUUCAAAAUUCACUCAAGGAGGCAAACAAGAAUAGUAAUAGGGAGAAUAGGAGAAGGAGAAAAAAAAGAAAUAAGAGAAAAAAUAAAAGGAUGAUGAUGAUGAUGACAAAAAAGAUGAAGGAAAAGAAAAGUUGAUUCCAGGGGCUAAGAAAGUUUAGAAGAAGGUUAAAACUGUUGUCAAAGGUGGUAAAAAACACAUUAUAACCACUAAAAUUUAUACUAUGAAUGAUGGUACCACUUAAGAAGAAGUCACUGAAAAAGUGGAAGAUGCAUGAUUAUUGUAU